AUGGACUCCAGCUCAACGGCUCCCUCUGUGGACCUGGCAAACGGAGCAAACGGACAUGCUGGCCCCAAAGGCGUCAAUGGAUCAUCGUCUUCCUCACCAUCUCAUACCCGAGUGCCGAAGAGGCUGUACUCGCUCUCCACACCGCCGUCCCUAUCUGACUUUAAGACACUGUGCUCGCAAUCGACCAGCCGGGAGAUGUACCCGCUCGCGUCGGCCGUGGUGUCCAACAUCCCGAUCUACGACCUGCCGGACGAGGAUGGGGUCGACGACGCCGUCCUCGACGCGCUGCAGGACGAGUGGCACCACAUCCUCCUCUCGGGGCCCGGGGUGAUGGUGCUGCGCAACUUCAUGCCCGACCGGGCGCUGCUGGAGCGGGUCAACGACGUGUUUGCAGCCAUCAUCGCGGACGAGGCGGCCGCCGCAGCGGGAGAAGGAAGAAGCAAGGGCGACCACUUCGCGGCCAGCGGCACCAACGCGCGCAUCUGGAACUCGUUCCAAAAGCACGCGACCCGCGACCCGGCGUCCUUCGUGCGCUACUACGCCAACCGCUACCUGGCCGCCGUGUGCGCCGCCUGGCUGGGCCCGGCGUACCAGGUCACGGCGCAGGUGAACAUCGUGCGGCCGGGGGGACGCCCGCAGGUCCCGCACCGCGACUACCACCUGGGCUUCCAGACGGGGGAGGCGUGCGCGCGGUACCCGGCGGCGACGCAGACGGCGACGCAGUUCCUGACGCUGCAGGGCGCCGUGGCGCACACGGACAUGCCGCUGGCGAGCGGGCCGACGCGGUUCCUGCCCUUCUCGCAGCAGUUCGCGGCCGGGUUCCUGGCGUACCGCCGCCCGGAGUUCCAGGCGCUGUUUGAGGCUCGCUGGGUCUCCUGCCCGCUGCACAUGGGCGACGCCGUCUUCUUCAACCCGGCCCUGGUCCACGCCGCCGGCGAAAACCAAACCCGCGACGUCCACCGCUCCGCCAACCUCCUCCAGGUCAGCAGCGCGUUUGGCAAGACCAUGGAGUCCGUCGACACCCUGGCGAUGAUUUCUCGGUGCUGGGACGAGGUGAGGAGGAUGUACGACGAGGACACACGAGGCGGAGAAAGAAAAGGAGCAGGAGCAGGAGCAGACCUGUUGACCGGCACAAGAGUCGAGGCCGUCUUGAACGCCAUGGGCAACGGCUACCCGUUCCCGACCAACCUCGAUCGCCGCCCGCCGGCACCGGGCGGGAUGGCACCCGAGAGUGAAACUGAUGUCCUCCGGCGAGGGCUGCUGGAGGGGUGGAACAGGGAUCAGGUCGUGUCCGCCAUCACUGCCAUACGGACGGAUUCGAUGCCAUAA